UCCUCAAGAAUAAUUAAUCUUAUUAAUAGUGGUAAAAAAAUAAUAGAUUUAUCAAAAUCAAUAAAGUUUAAAAAUAUAAUUCCAAAUAAUAAUAAUAAUAGUUUUUUAAUAAAUAAUGCAACAUUAAAUAAUAGCUCAACUAUCAAAAAUAGUAAUAAUAAUAAUAUCAAUGUUAAUACUAGUAACAAUAAUAUAACUAAUUAUAGUAAUGUUAAUAAUAGUAUAAUUAAUAAUAAAAGAUAUUAUUCGUAUAUGCCACCAACAUGGGAAGAAAAAGAUAACAAUCAACAUUUAAAUACUAUUACAACACCUGAAGAAGAAGAUGCAACAUCUAAUAUUAAAGAUUCAAUUCUAUGGGUUAAUCAUUUAUAUCCAAUUAAAGUAAGCAGACUAGAUUUUAGAUCAUUGUUGUUCCACAUACCGAUCACCAAGAAAUUGAACUCAUUGUUCCCAGAAGAUAUUAAAAUUUUAUCAAUCGAAAAGAGAAUUAAAGAAGGUGGGGCAUAUAUUCAUUUUCAAUACGAUUCUAGCAAGCCAGAAUAUAAUACACCAGAGUUGGUAAUGGAGAAAUUAAAAAAAAUAUUUGCAAUGGAAAAGAAACACUUUCAUUUCGCAAGUAGACCAGCACAAUGUAAAUUGGUCUAUGGUAGACCAUUUGUUGAAGAUAUUGACUAUAGAUUCCCAUCCACUACAUUGAAAAUAACAUUUAAAGGUUCUGAAAUGUCAAUUGAUGAUAUGUUUCGUUUGUUUAGACCCUAUGGCCACAUCAGAGAUAUUCACUUUACAUCACCAGUUCCAAGUAAAGAUGGCCCAAGACAAGCCAUUAUAGUAUUCAAAAGAAUGGAAGGAGCAAUUGCAACUAGAAAUUGUUUACAUAACAAAUAUUUCCCAGAGUUUAAUACAACAUUAUAUAUGGAUUAUGAACAACAGAUGCGUAUAAAUAAAUUAAAAGAUCAAUUUUCAAAGCAUCCAAAGAUUAUGAUUCCAUUGGCUGGUAUUUUAGCAACUUUAUUAACAAUAUUAUUAUUUAACCCAUUAAGAGAGUUUUUCAUGGAAAGAAGAAUGGAUGAGGUGUUUUAUUUCGAUCAUAUCGACGAAGAAUGGCAAGAUAGAAUUGAACAAAAAGUUUUAGAUACACAUUUCAACUAUCCACCCAAUUCAAUUGUUAUGAUUUCAGCACCAAAAGGUUCAGGUAAAUCCUCAUUAAUCGAUAAGGUAUUGGAAGGUAGACAUAAUACUUUAUUAGUAGAUUGUAAUCAAGAGGUAAACAAUACGGAUGAAGAGUUUAUUGAAUCGUUUAGUAAAGAUAUUGGUUUCUUCCCAUCCUACAGUCUAUACAGUUCAUUUGGUAGUCUUAUGGAUGCAAUUAUUCCAACUGGUAAAGGUGCAUUCCACUCGACCACCAAUUAUCAAAUGCAAACUAUUCUCAAAUUAUUGGACGAAGUUUUAAUAAAGAAAUCUAAACAUUUCCCAGAUGAUCCUCAUCAACCAUACGAGUAUCCAUUAAUUGUUAUCGACGGUUUCUUUGGUAUGAUUGCUGCUAUGGAAAGUAAAGAAAAGGCAAAUAUUAUCAUGGAUUCUAUUAUUCAAUGGGCUAUUACAUCCACACAAAGAGGUCAUGCUCAUGUUGUAUUUUUAAGUUCAGACUCAUUCGCUGGUGAUGUUAUAAAGAAAUAUUUAGACAACAGAGGAGGUGGUCAAAUUUCAACAGUUCAAUUAGGCGAUGUUAAUCCAAAUAUGGCUAUUAAUUAUAUCAAGAAAAGAAUCGGAUCCACACCAAUCACCGAAGAUGAAAUGAAGGUAGUAGUUGAUACAUUGGGUGGUCGUUACUAUGACCUUAAUGUUCUCUCACAACGUAUGAUUGCAGGUGAUACUGUUCCACGUGCCCUCUCCAAUAUGAUUGCUAAAGCUGUAAGUGAAAUUCGUGCUGAAGGUUUUGGUCUCUCUAAAAGAGCUGAAGAAAAAUCUGCUGGUGGAACCAAAGGGGAUAAAUUAAAAUGGACUCGUCCUCAACUUUGGGAAACUAUUAAAAAAAUCGCAGAAUCGAACUAUGUCUCGUAUGAUGACCUCUUGUUCAAUGUUUUCCUUGGUGAUGAAUCAUCAUUGAAUAACUUGAUCAUGAGCGGUAUCCUCAGAUUCCAAUCGAUCGAUAACGAACGUAAAGUAACCGCAUACUCUCCAUUAUACUGUGCCGCUUUUAAACAAAUGGUAAACGAUUUAGAGUUCAAUGUAGGUAUGGAUAUUUUAGUACAAAAAGCACGUAUCGAAGAAGAGUUGUCUAAACUCUCCAAAGUUGAAGAUGAAUUAAUCAAACUUAAAAACCUCACCUCACAAACAUGGUUUGAACCAACAUCUGUCAAGAAGAGAAGAGAAUUAUUAGAAGAUAAAUUAAAAGAUCAUGUAACCAAAAUUGAAACUAGAGAAAAUAUUUUAAAAAGACACAGUCAAUUCCAAAAACUAUUACACCAACAAAAAUAAAUAAAAACAAAAAAAAAAUUUAAUUUAAAACUAUUAC